UUUCAUACUAACAAUACUCAAACCCAUCAAUAACAACCAUUGAAGCAACCCAGAAAUCUAAAAUAAAAAAGGAAGAAAAGAAGAACAACGAGAAUGGUCUGCUCAAAAUGUCAAAAGAAACUCAAAUCCACCGAACUAGCUACUCCCGGCGUCAAACGCAAAAGUGAGAUGUACUAUGGUUCGCCAUCGACCUCUGUGGGAGGCGGCGGUGGAGAAGGUAGUAAGUCUAAGCCGACGUUAGGGAAUACGGGUAUUGGGAAGAGCAAGUUGCUUAGCUCGAAGGCUAAGAAUCCUUAUGCUGCUUAUUCGUCUUCUUGUGAGAACUGUAAGACGAAGACGGAGCAGGGGCGGAAGUUCUGUCAGCGGUGUGCGUAUCAGAAAAAUGCUUGUCCAAUGUGCGGCAAGAGUAUGACCGGGAAGUCCAAGAAGGACCAGCCUAUCGUGCAGGGGCAGAAGUUUAACCUGAAGUAAUUGGAUGAGUUCGGGUCGUUAGGUGAUUUUCCUCUUCUGCUGGGUUGUUCGUGAAGUUGGUUAUACUACCUUGUUUACUUUGGGUAUGGGCUAAAUAUAUAUUGCAUGGCGUUUUGGGCUCUGUUGAUACUGUACACCAGCGAGGCUGAAGAUGAAUUGCGAAUAAUAAUAUGAUAAUUCA